AUGCUCGGCCCAAGCGCAUCGAGGGCUGCGAUACGCGCCUCCCCGAUCGCAACGCUUCCGGCCUUCCUCGUUCCUGCGCUUGCCAGCGCACCGGCCUCGCAAAGGCAAUUCUCCGUGUCGACCUCGCGGCAGUCCAAGCUCGGCCGCACGCCCAUCUCGAUACCGCCCGGCGUCGAGCUGACGAUCGGCGAGCCGUACAUCAUAAGGGACUACACGACGUAUAAGCAGACGCCGAAGAGGACGGUGUCGGUGGCGGGGCCUUUGGGCAAACUCGAUCUCAAUGUUCCUAUGUUCUUGAAACUCGAUCAUGACCCGGAGGCGAGGAAGCUAGUCAUUGGCAUCGAAGACAGGACGGAGAAGCAACAGAAGGCGAUGUGGGGCACAACAUGGGCUUAUAUUCAACGCUACAUAAUUGGCGUGUCAGAAGGCCACACCGCCGUACUUCGUCUCGUGGGUAUCGGAUACCGUGCCUCCAUCGACAAGCGGCCCGAGCUCGAGGAAUACCCAGGCCAGGACUUCGUCUGCCUGCGCCUCGGCUUCUCGCACCCGGUCGACUUGGGCGUGCCGAUAGGUAUUAAGGCAUCGACGCCACAACCCACCAGAAUCUUGUUGGAGGGUAUCAACCGGGAGCAGGUGAUGCAGUUUGCGGCCGAGAUACGGAGGUGGCGUGUGCCGGAGCCGUAUAAGGGCAAGGGUAUCUUUGUGAACGAUGAGACGAUCAAGCUGAAGCAGAAGAAGAUCAAAUAA